GUGCGUCUUUUCGCUUCUCCUUUUCUGCCCAUCUUUUCCUUCACUGUCUCCUCGAUAGAAACGAAGCCGCGAGCCGCACAGUGUAGCGAGCCAUUCGUCGCCAUGGUCGUCCCCAUCGCCAACCUCUCGGCCGUCGUCGCCGGCGCGGCGCACGCGGCCAAGGCCUUCGCCGUGGAGAUGCUCCCGGCGGCCGUGACAAGGGAGGCCGUGGGUGCCUCAAUGGCGUGGCUGCUGCGCCACCUCUGGGCCUGGCUCGUCGCCGCGAGAGGCGUGGCCGUGGAGAAUCUCCCCGUCGCCGCCGCGGUGGCCAAGGGAGCGGCGGGGUCCGCGAUGGAAGCCUCCGCGCCAUGGCUGCAAGUGGCGGCGGAGUUCUUGCACGGCCUAUAUGGGUGGAUGCUCGCGGCCGUCGCCGUCGCCGUCGAGAGCCUUCCCGGCGUGGCCAAGAGCACGGUGGAAGCCUCGCAGCCAUGGCUGGCAGCGGCGGCGGAGCUCCUGCAGGUGAUUUACGGGUGGCUGGUUGCGGCGAUUGCGGUCGCCGUCGAGAAUCUCCCCGGCGUGGCGAAGAACACGGUGGAGUACACGGUAGAAGCCUCGCAGCCGUGGCUGGCAGUGGCGGCGAAGCUCCUUUGGGGACUCUACGGGUGGCUGGUCGCGGUGAGCGCUGUGGCUGUCGAGAUGCUCCCGGACGCGGCCAAGAACGCGGCGGGGUCGGCGGCCGAGGCGUCGCAGCCGUGGCUGGCAAUGGCGUCGAAGCUCCUGCAGGCGCACGACCUCUGCGGACGGCUGGUCACGGCCGGAGACAAGGUCGUCGAGAAUCUCCCGGAAGCCGCCGCCGCCGCCAUGGGAGGAGGAGCGCAUUGCUCGGCGGAUGCCACGCCCAUGCCUACGCAUGGCCACGGCGGCGUCGCGGUGUAUGCGCUCCUGGCGAUCGCGCUCCUCGCCGUGGCGUUCCUCGGCGGCGCCGUGUGCGCCCUCACCUGCCGGACGAUGAAGGGCCCAGGGCUCGGCGGUGCGCGCGUCCCCCGCGCCGUGUUCAGGGCCAGCCCGAGGCGCUACUACGCCGCCGUCCGGACGGCGCGGAAGGCUCGCCGCAGCGCCUCGGGGAUCGGGUGGAAGAACCUGGUCGCCGCCAUGUCGCUCGCCGUCGCUGCUUGCAUUGUCUAUCUGGGUGCCAAGAUGUUGCACUGAAGCAGCUUGAAACCUUAGUUCAGAGAUGACCAAAUCUUAUGGAGAAUUUUGCUGCUGCUACUAGUUAAGUGUUAAGUAGUUAAUAGUUCAGAAUCGGCGAGCCGUUUAGAUGCAGUAUGGUGCUAAUAAUGGUACAAUGUUAAUUAAGCUGCUCCUGUGAUGUUCACUGUGUUGGAACUAAUGGUGAAGCUAAUGAAACUGUUGAUUUUGCUCA